GCCGGCCGCGGCCGCGGGCCCCGCUGCCGCGGAGGUUCCAGCCGCUGCGGGCGGAGGCGCCGCCGCGGAGGCGCCGGCUGCCGCCGCAGCGGGCGCGGGCGAGCCAACCGACGGGGAGCUGGCCGAACACCGUGCGGUGGACGCGGCCCGGGCUGCGGAUCUGCAGGCGCACGCGGGGCUGGCCCUGAUCUACGAGAGGGUGAUGCCCGCGGUCAUUCAAGGCCAGCGUGUCCAGCAGAGCGUGGAGCAGCGCGUGGAGUCCAUCCGCACUCGGGUGCCGCAGGUGGUGCAGGAGGAGCUCAGCAUGGGCGUGCAGGACCUCACCUCGCUCGUGCAGGAGGCGCUGCCGCAGGCGAGCGCCCUGCGCUCCGAGGCGCUGCCGUCGGUGUCCCUGAUCGUGGCGGGCCUCUUCGCGCCGCUGCAGCUCCAGGGCCUCUACGCGUCGCACGCGGGGAGGCUUGGCCUCUGCGGCGCCCUGCUCGGCGUCGACGUGAUCGGGCUGCUGGUGGACGGCGGGAAGCGGUGCCUGACUGAGGACGUGUUCGGCCCCAUGAACAUCCUGCACUACUGGGUCGCUGGCGACGCCGCGCUGCUCGCCGUCACGGUGGCGACGAGCUUGAUGGCGAUCUUGCGGUGCAACAAGACCUUCGCCGAAAUGAAGGUUGCCACCGACGCACCGGUGAACUUGCCCGCUGACCCCGAGGCGGCCUUCCGCGUGAUGAUGGAGGGCCACCUGCUCAACGGGGCAAGGGCGAUGAUGGAGUACGACAGGCUAGUGCAGUCCGUGCCGUUCCAGAUGGUGUACGCCGUCAACGUGGUGGACUUCUUCUGGCAGGUGGCUGGCUGGCUCUUGUUCUUCGACACCCCCGGCGCAGAGUGCGAGGCCAAGUUCUUACUCUAUUGGUCCCGUGGCCGUGGCAUGAUCUUCCUGAUCGGGUUCGUUCCAGCCCUCGUCGGCCUCGUGAUGACCCUGGCCAAGGCGGCCACGGAGACCCGCAGCUUCCGGGCGGCGGUCCUCCAGGAGCGGGGGGGCGCCGCCGCUGCUCGGGGGGCCCC